AUGCCUAGAAUUAAAACAAAGAACACGAAGGCUACACCGGCGGGAUUUGACAAAAUCAAGCCAACGCUCAUCGACUUCGACAUCCAACUGAAAGAGCUUCAGGAUGACAAAGCCUCCAGGCUAGCCGCCAAUGCAGACCAGGGAGCCUGGAAGGUAUUCCAACUGUCCCACGAGCGAACUCGCUAUGUCUACGACCUGUAUUACAAGCGCAAGGCCAUCUCUAAAGAACUUUAUGAGUGGCUUCUCCGCGAGAAAUACGCCGACAAGAUGCUCAUUGCUAAGUGGAAGAAAAAAGGCUACGAAAAGCUCUGCUGCCUCCGCUGCAUACAGACUUCCGAAACGGCUCAAGGAAACACUUGCAUCUGCAGAGUCCCGCGUGCCACCCUCGAGAAGAAUAGCAAAGACGGCGUCGUUACCUUCACGCGCUGCGUCCACUGUGGAUGUAGCGGCUGUGCCAGCACAGAUUAA